AUGGUUCGACACGAUGUAGAUAGCAUACUUGCUCAAAGAACUCGGUCAGUCUCUGACGAAUCUGAUGAAUCUGUUCAACACAGUGUGGCUAACAAUUCCGAAGCUUCAAGCCAAUCAGAGUCUUCACAUGCGAGCUCUUAUUCCGGAAGUUCAUCGUCCAAUUCAUCUUUUUUUGAAAAUAGUGAUUCUGUUGACUAUAUGUGUGAAACGGUAGCUCGUGAAAUUUGUCAACUUACAGGGAAAAAGAUUGGAGGGGCUACUAUAAAAAGUUUUUAUUAUGGGUACAGUGAUUCGAAAUAUAGUACAGUAAAGUUAGUUAGCCAAUGGUUAGAUAGUAAAGAAUAUUAG